AUGGGAGACCCGUUCGGCCGCUGGAGCAGCGGCCCCGCACGGAGUGAAUAUGACGACAGGACCCCCCUCGGACGUUCCAACAGCUUCGCCCGCCUCACCGGGAAAAGCAUCUACAACCAGCGCAAGGACUACGGGCAGACGCUGCUCAAGCUCCAGAACGAUUUCCAGCACCACGUUGAGCACCUGCUCACGAUGCACCUGGAGCGGGAGCUCCGCAGCGCCGAGGAUUGUCUGUGGCGGCUGAGGGAGCUGGAGGAGCAGGGGCGCAUCUGGGGGCAGGAUGUCAUCCUGGAGCUCAGGGACCAGGAGCUGGUGCUGAGCGAUGUGGAGAGCAAGGAGGAGCUGGAGGCUUUCCCGCUGGGCAGUGUGCAGGGAUGCUCCGCGGGGCUGGACAACACGGUGCUGGCCGUCAGCGUCCAGGAGAGGAACCCGCCGAGGACCAGCGUGCUGCUCUUCCAGUGCGAGCGGCUGGGGGCAGAGACGCUGAGGAGCAGCUUGGAGAAGGUGUUGAGGCAGAGGAAGGAGGAGCGGAGCAAUGACUACGGGCACAGCCCGGACGCGCCGCCGAGCCCGGCCCCCCCGUACGCGGCCCCGGAGCACCGGGCAGAGCCCUUCGAGCCCCCCCGGCGUGGGCUGCGCUCCUCGGACUACCGCGAGUCUCGGGCGGGACCGCACCGUGCCUCAGUUUCCCCCGGAGCAGGGCGCGGCGCUGCGGACCCAGACGCCGCCCCGCAGAUGCCGCGGGCACGACCCCACGGCCAGGCUGUGUCCGAGGUGGACCGAGAUGUGGAGGUUCUCAACCACGUCCUGGGGGAGCUGGAGCUCUUCGUGGGCCACCUGAAGAGGGCCCUGAGCUCGGCCAGCGCGAAGAAGAAGCAAAAGAAGCCAGCGCUGCCCCCCAAGGACGCGUACACGGAUUUCUUCCAGAAGCUGAAAUACGCCCUCAACCUCACGGGACGGACCCACCGGUACAUGACGGACCCCGAUCCCCUCGAGCUGCUGCGCCUCAUCUUCUCAGCCCUGUCCUUCGUGAGUGCCCCCGGAGCGGUCCCACCCCGCAAAAGCCCCAGCCCCGGCCUGGCCGCGUCCGUGGAGAGUCCGCUGCUGGUGCCGGAGGCGCUGGAAUUCCUCGAGGAGAACCUGAGCGAUGACGACUACGGCGUCUGGAAGAGCCUCGGCACCGCCUGGAACAAGUCCAGGGCCGAGUACCCCAACGGCGCCCUGGUGCCCGCCUACAUCCCGGUGUUUUCUGACGGGUGGCUGCCCCCCGCGAUGGAGCAGGAACGCCACGGGGGCCUCCAGGACGCCCCACCGCCUGCCUCAGUUUCCCCAACUCGCCUGCGACACCCUCCCCGGUCCCUGCCCCCCGCACAGCCGCCGGCCGCCGGCUGGAGGGACAAUCCCAGCCGAGGAUCGCCCCUCCCUGCCCAGGGGCUGGUCCGAGCCCUCUACGACUUCCAGGCCAGGAAUUCGCAGGAGCUGAGCGUCAGGAAGGGGGACACGCUGCAGGUCUUGGACCAGCAGAGGAAGUGGUGGCUGGUGCAGGACGAGUGGGGGGACAGGGGGCACGUCCCUGGCAACAUCCUGGAGCCCCUCCCGGAGCCGGGGUACAGCCCCAGGCAGGACAGCCCCCCCACCCUGCAAGCCGACUCCUCGCCGGCGGAGGUGACAGCCUGGCUGACGGACAAGGGCUUCUCGCGGAUCACGGUGCGCACUUUGGGGGUGCUGCGGGGCCACGAGCUGCUGCAGAUGAGCCCGGCCGAGCUGCGAGGGGUCUGCCCCGAGGAGUGGCGGAGGGUCCUCUUCAAGCUGUCCCCCAUCCGGACAUCCCUGGGGAUCGGGCCCAGGGACUGA